AUGGCCUUCCACAAAUUCAAGGUUCCUGGUGUCGGUUUCAGUCUCACUCCUGACUACGGCACUGCAGCGAUCUACUUUGCGAACGGGUCUUUCGUAGAGGUAGCCCGAAUUGAGGGAAGCCCCGAGUAUAAGUCGUUCAUGCGUAAACAUGAACCUGCCGGAGGAGAACUUGCCGAGGGAAUUCCUAGCGUCGCCUUGCUACGCAACGCCCUGUGUCUACUACCACGGCUGCCGUUUUGCAAGAGGAACCCGGAUUUCGUCAGCACGCAGGCUCUUCUGCGAAGUCUGCAAUACUCUGUCGCUUCCUGCCUGGGGACUAGUUUUUGCUUUACUGGCCUAGUUAUCCCAGACCAAACCUGGCAGUACCAGAACGAUAUCAUCCAGAAAGCUAUCAAGUCGAUCGGCCUUCGUCAAACCCAUCGCAUUUUUGACGCCCCUCGCAUGGUUCUGGUGGCAAAUCAUAUUGAUAACUCGAAGACAUCAGGCUGCAGAUCAGAGAUACCAGACGACAGAACGCGAGCUAUCUUGUCUAUCGAUUAUAGCGCAUCUGGACUCAAUGUCGUCCUCUUUUCUGAGGUUGAUGGAAUCGUAGAUAUUAUGCGCAGGAUUUACAACCAGCACCUUGGUGCAGGCCACCGAGGACAUGGUCACCUCGAAUCUGUGAAGGCUGCAUUAAUGGAAGUCACUAAGCCCCCACUCGGCCGAGACUUUAUGGGAACCCUCCUAACUGAUGAUAUCCAAGAUCUGGUUCUUUACAGAGAUGCAGUAAUGGACCCAGGCUUCCUCGAUAUCCUGAGGGCGGUCAUCAGUUCAGAUCUUGUUGAAAAAGCCUCUGCCCUAGAGCCCGUAUUUGCCGCAGCAAUGGGCAUGGCCAUAACUUCUUAUCAGGAAAUGGAUUGGAUGUAUUUCAAUACCAAGCCUGCUUUCGGAUGUCAAUGGGGGUCUAGCCUUUACGAUAUGAGUAGCAAGGAACUCUAG